CUGAUACCGGUGAGAGUGUGUUAGCGCGCCGCUAAUGUGACAGAGGAAGUUUCAACAGGCUGUCGCUCGUUUCUCCUCUAUUAAACUCAUAAUCCCCGCAGCAAAGUUCGCUGCAGUGAAGCGGUGAAUCUCUGGUAUUGACAGCCAGACGUCAGGAUGUUCAAUCCUCACCAGCAGCAGCAGCAGUUUCAUCAGCAUCUGCGGCAGCUGCAGCAGCUGUUUCAGCAGCAGACGCCUCCUCCGCCUCCGCCGCCGCCUCCUCCACCGCAGCCUCCGCCCGCCCAUCACAUCACACAUGCACGGCCUAUCGCGGUUUCCGCUCCUGCUCCUCCACCUGCCCGCAUGGUGAACCUCUGCUCAGCCACUCAGACCAUCAUCGCACCCAAUCCCAUGCUGCAGGGGGCUCUGCUCAUGCAACAGAUGCAGGCGGGCGGCAUGCGUGGUUUUGCGAUGGGCGGGCAGCAGUUUCCUCAGUUCUUCGCUGCUGGAUCCAGAGCGUCUCUGCUGGGACCCGUCCCAAUGGGAGUCGCCAUCAAAACCCCACAUAUGGGAUUCCAGCGACAUUUCACGCCACACACGCGCUACUUCACCAAUGAGUUUCAGGCUCGUCAGCCAGACAGGAAGAGGGAGAACGAGCAGAAAUCUGUGGGUAGCAGCGAAAGCCAACCAGAAGCCAGCAGCAGCAGAGCAGAUGAAGCAGCCGCUGCGGCCGGUCCGGGAUGUCAGGAGUCUUCAGAGCAGCCCGAUGAACCAGCGGCCAAAAAACAAAAAACACAAGAGUCAGAAGAGCCUGUGGAGACAGAAUCAGCUCAAAGCGCUGAAUAUAAGAGUCCAGAUCCUGCAGAGCUCACGCUGCAGGAAGGAGGCGGAGUGGACGGGCCGCUGGCCGCUGAAGCAGAUGAACCGAGUCAAGUGGCUGAGCAGGUUGAAAGCACAGAAUCUCCAGAAAAGGAUGUUGAGCAGCAGAACAGCGAUGGUCCAGAUGAAGCCGCGGGCUCCGAUUCAGUCCCUGAGAUUAAGGAAACCACAGUCACUCCUGAGGAGGUCAAAGAUGGAACAGCAGAGACAUCCAGCAAGUUCUUCUGCUAUAUUUGCAACAUCACUUGCCAUAACCAGCAAAAUUUCCAGAGCCAUAUGAACGGACUGACGCACCAGCAGAAGAUGAUGGAGAUCCAGCACAUGAGUAACGCGUGUCUCGUCACGCUGCUGCCGCGAGUCCAGGAGUCCCUGCAAGGAGCUCGAAAAGACGGGGAGAAGAGACCAGGCCUGCAGCGAUGGUGCUCCACCUGCCAGACACACUUCACCUCCAACGUCAUGGACCAUCGCAGAACCAAGGAGCACAAGCGCUGUAGUCGCUCGUCCAGCACCAGCUGCACCGUCUGUAAGCUGCACUUCAGGACGCCCAGAGAGUUUGUGGAGCACAUGCAGUCGACGGAGCACAAGCAGCGAGUCGAGCAGCUGUGGAAGGAGACGGGUAAAGAUGGGGCGGAUCAGCUGAACGCUGACAUGUUUCUGGGUGAAGAGGACGGCGAAUGCAGCGAGGACGAGAGGGAGGACGAGGAGAAUGGGAAGGAGGGAGUGUCUGCGCAGAUGGAGGUCACACUGGAGGAUCUGACCGAAGAAGAGGAGUUCGACUCAGACACGUUGUACGGCUCUAGUUUUGUGGUGCCCGUCGCUGGCUUUCUCUGCCGUCUGUGUAAUCAGUUUUAUCACUUUGAGUCUUCGGCUCGACACGCGCACUGCAAGACGGUCAAACACUUCGAGAAUCUCAAGCGUUAUAAAGCCUUAAAGAAGCAUGAAGACUCCGGCUCAACCUCAGUAGAACCAGCAGACCACAUCAGUCCAGAUGAAACCUCUCUCAUCCCAAAACCAGCCCUGCAGACGUCGCAGUCCUGCAGCAGUACCUCACAUCCCAGCAGCAGCAUCAGCAGACUCAACGCCAGCAGCAGCGCACAGGAAGUCCAGACGGCCGCACAGGAAGAAGCCGUCGCCGGAGAGCCCGAGGAAGACGACGAGGCUCCCACCGCCGUCCCGGAGGGGAAGGGCGCCCGGGGCCGAGGCAGGACUCCCGCUAAGAGACGAGGACGAGGAGGAAGACGACGCUGAGACACGGAGUACUGUAUCAGCCUCAGAGGACCGUAGUGAAACCACCCGCCGUAGACAGUGUGUGUCUGUCCUGCAGUUCAGACGGGUUCGUGCCACAGAUUCACGCCUCUAACCCUGUUUGUACAGUAGCUGUGAUUGUCAUGAGCACACGAACCUCAGAUGAAGGGAAUGAUGGGAGACGCCGCCGGAGAGCGUGAGUCUGAAGUGAAGACGUUUUUGAUCACGGGUGAAUCGCACCAAAACAUCAACGUGUCCAGCUCAUGUUUCAGAACAAAACCAAAAAGAUCUUUAUAUCAGUCUAUAUAUGAAGAGUUCAUUUGCAAAAAUAGAUAACUUUUUUUUUUUUUAACAGUUUUCAAAAUUCAUGUUUGUUUUUUUUUAUGUAAGUAAAAUAACUAAAAAAAUACAGCUAAGUAGCACAAUAAAACACAACAAAAGCAUAACAAAAAAAACAUGAUUUUUGAAAAAAAAAAAUCUGUUUUUGCAAAUAAACUCUUCAAAUAUAUAUUAUGAAAAUUAAAUGAUAAUUCAGUACUAAAAGUCCCAAAAUAUUUUUUUAAAGCGAAAAAAGUGUGUGUAUAGAUGUGAAAUUUUAUAUAUAUAUAUAUAAGACAACUAUAUAAUCUUAUAUAAAUUUUAUAAUAUAUAUUUAAUGUUUAUAAUAUAUAUACAAAAUAUUAUUUAUAUAAUUUUCUAUAAAUUUUCAUAUACAUCACAUAUCAUGUAAACAAAAACUUUUGUUUUGGAUGCAAUUAAUUGUUUAACAUAUAUAUAUCUAUAUCUCUAUCUAUCUAUCUCUCUCGCUCUCUCUCUCUCUCUCUCUCUCUCUAUAUAUAUAUAUAUAUAUAUAUACACACACACACACACAUACAUAAACACACACAAUAGAUGUUUUACAAACAUACAAAAUUUAUUAUAUACUAUAUAAUUUUCUAUAAAUUUUCAUUUACUUUUUAGUGUGUAUAUAGCAUAAUAAAAAUUGAAUAUAUAUAACAUUUAUAUAAAAUUAUAUAGUAUAUAUAAUACAUUUUGUAUGCAUUUAAUAUAUAAAUUAAUUAUAAAUAUGCUAUUAAAAUGUAAUUAUCAUUUAAUUAUUUUAUGAUAAUUGCACACCUUCUCCCCAAUUUUCGAUUACAGUAGCGUGAAAUAUUAUUGUCAUUACCAAAAUACAAAAAUGGCGUUAUUGCAAAAUAGUUGUUGUACUGAAUUUAGUGAGCAGUUUUUAAUUUUAGAAAAUUAAUUUUAAAAAGAAUGAUUUUGCAUUACAUUACUGUUACAUAUGGGGGAGAAAUGUGCUGAAUUGUCAUGAAAAUAAUGUCACAGUUCAAAACGCAUUGAUUUAAGUGUAAACUCACUAUGAUACUGAGUUUUUGGUUUUGGUGCCGAUCGUGAGCUGAACGUGUUUUCUUUGAGACUGACGCUGGAGCGGCGGGUUUGUACUGACUGUAGAAUGUAGCAGCACUGAAACAUGUUUAACGGAGCGUUUCAUAAACAUGCAAACGUGAUUGUAGUUUUGAUAUCGGUGUCACACGAUUGAAGAUCCAGAUGGGAGACGAAGCUUAUUUUGCAUUGGUUUGACAUUUAAUGGGUUUAACACACUAGUCUCAGUCCUGACAGACUCAACAACUCAAACACUGAAGUAUCUGUACGUUCUUUUCUUCUAAACAUCUUCAGACUGAGUUUUUCCUUAACCUCACAUGGUUAAAUAAGCAGCUGCUUCAGUUUAAAACACAUCACAAAACCAGCACUGAUCAUGUUUUGUAGCUGCUGAACCAGAAGGAGAGAGUCAGCGUGUCGUUCACACGAAGCGCGUCGUACCGAAUGCUGUCUGACGGCACGCGGGUGACAUCGCGACUGAUCUUAUUCUGCCUUCAUUACUUGACUUAUCCAAACCGAGGGGUUAUUUUUACACUCACUUCACCUGUUAGCACUUCUAGUUUAGCAAACAGUUCAUUUGUACCUUCAGGUGUUUGUACAGCUGAUUGUAUUCUGGACAAUCUCACAAAGCACAAAAGAAAGAAAAAAAGAAAUAUUUUGCAUAAAGAAAAUGAAGCCAGUUCUUAAGACUUUUAGAGAUGACCUUUUCAUGACAAUUAAGCACAUUUGCUCCUAAUUUUUCAUUAU